CUCUGUCUCUGUCUCUCCCCUCGUGCCUUAGCCUUAGCCUUAGCCUUGGCCUUAGUUGCGAGCAAUUGUGGUCUUCUUUUGCCAGUCGACUGGAUCAGCUCCUCCAUCAUCUCUUGUCCUUCAUCCUCAUCCUCAUCCCCCUCCCCCCACUUCCUGAUCAUCUCUCUCCCCCGCUCUUCUCUGUUCUUCACUCUAUAUCCUUUUUUUCUUUCUUCUCUGUGCCCCCGUUCCACCCCCACCCGGGCCACUUUCCCGGUUACAUCGUUACACAGGCGGAUACAGCUAAAGGGUUUAUCCCACCUUCACACCUCUCUGACUUCUUGUAUCUUCACGCCCUUUUCAUUAUACAGACACUCUCUCUCUUCUUCGCCCGAACAAGAGACCUUCUUUCCUUCUUUCUUUCCUUCUCUCCUUCCUUCCUUAUCUCCUUCUUUCCUUCUUUCCUUCUCCUUUCGACACAAUGGCAGGCCUGUUCUCGAAAAAGCCCAAAAAGGAAAAGGACGAUACCAACAACCGAUACCAGGACCAAGGCCAGGGCCGACUCGGCAACGGCAACAGCGGAUUCCGUGCCGGAGACAAUUCCAGUGCCAACAACAGUACCACACACAGCCAAUCGGACUACUCCCACUCACACUCCCCUUAUCCUCAACAGCAACAGCAACAGCAACAACAUUACAACAACAGCAACAACGGUGGUCUGUCCUCAACGGUCUAUUCCAGCAAGAGCUCGCUACAGCAGUCCUCCUCACAGCAACAUCUGCAUUAUCAGGGCGGUAGUGGCAGCAAUAUUAUUAUCAACAACAAUAACAACAGCAAUAAUAAUAUGCACUCACAUUCGGCGUCUUCGUUCUCGACCCACCAGUCGAAUGCGUUUACGGCUUCCUCGGGUGUGAAUACGGGAGGUCCCUGGGCAAGCGGGAUGGUGAUGUCGACGAAUCCGUUCCCGCGGUUUGCGCAUACGGCCUCUUAUGUGACGACGGGGACGGACAUUUAUGUGUUUGGAGGGAUCGUCAAGGGAUCUGCGCAGAAGGAUGUCCAUGUUAUUGAUCCUCAAUCACUCCACUGCCAGCUCCUGCCCAUAGGCGGCGAGAGUCCUCCGGCGCUGACAGGACACUCGGCAGUUACGCUGGGACAGUACAUCAUGUAUUUUGGUGGCAAAGACGCAAAGGGGCGGACGAGCGAUGCGCUCUACGUGCUCCACACGGGCCGCAAGGAGUGGGCGAAACCCCUGAUCCAGACCCUACAGCCGCCCCCUCGCCAUUCGCAUGCCGCCUGUGUGGUCGGCACCGUCAUGUACAUCGUCGGAGGCAAGCUGUCGGGCUAUUACAUGAACGACAUCGCCGCCUUUGACAUGAAGACCCUGAAUGGAAAGCGCCCAACAUGGACAUCGUUGGAACCAAAGUCGGACCUGCCGUCGGCGCGUGCUGGACACUGCGCGGCUGCGUAUGAUGGCAAGAUCUAUAUUUUCGGAGGUGCGGACGACCAAUACUACUACAACGACAUUUGGUGCUAUGAUCCGCAGACGAACAAAUGGGAGCCGAUUCCGGCCUAUGGAGCCUUACCGACGAGUCGACAGGGUCAUACGGUGUGCGUGAUCGACGACACCAUGUAUAUCUUUGGAGGCAUGGAUUUCGAGGAUAAACUUCUCGGAGAUCUGUGUGCGUUCAAAUUUACAGAGCGCCGGUGGAUGGCAUUCCCGAAUACGAUGGAGGCUGCGACGCCGCGCACGGAGCAUGCGAUGUGCAAUGUCGGCGAUAAGAUUUACAUCCUCGGUGGACAGCUGGACCUGAACACCACGAACGAGGAUACCGGCAUCAUCUAUGUCCUCGACACCACCAAGAUUAGGUGGAACGAAUUUUCGGCAGCAGGAUCCCAGAGAUCUGUAUAUGACACCGACAGCUUGGUGCGGAUUGAACAGGUUCCGGACGAUAACCGGGGUUCGCCCUAUAGCCGCCCAACACCUACGCCAGACUCGAUGCCGUACCAGAACGGAAUGGAUCCGAACAUCGCGCACAUGCAAGAUCGACGUGCUACGUAUCAGUCGCCAUCACAGCAACAGCAGCACCAGCAACCGCAAUCGCGCCAGCAGAACUAUAGCGAUGGUCGCGAUAACAGGGAGCAGCAUUCUGACUAUCACCAAUACCAGCAGCAAUCUCAGCCUCAGCCUCGGCACCAGGAGCGGCAGGAUUCUUAUCCGAUCGAAUCCAACGUACCGAGAGUCGGUCUUGGAAUCAUGGACGAUGCACUAAACCCCCAUGGAAGCGGUCGUCCGUCGCCAUCGGUCUCGCCCUCGCCGAUGCUCACUCCGGAUCUGGGAGAGUCGAUUCAUACUGUACGUCGCCGGACGAUCGGCAAACCCGUGAACUAUACGGUGCAGGAUGUCGAAAUCCAACACCGGGGCGCACAUUCGAUCGAUGAGGGGCGUCGGCCUUUGCCCCACGGCAGUGACUCGGGAGAGCAGGUGCUACGGGGUUCGUCUAUGCACCGACAAGAUUCUUCGCAGGGACAACCAGGUUACAUAGAGGCUGGAGAGCGAACUUUUGCGCAUCAGCCGGAGGGUGAAAGGUCUCGACUGCAUCAUAGCAGCAGUUACAAUAGUCUGAUCGGCAACAGCAGCAACAACAACAAUGACAACAACAACAACAGUGGCAGCAGAUUGAAUGCACCGCAUCAGCAGCUGCAACAGCUCGCGCAUCUGGAUCUGAGCCGUCAUGGAUCGAACAGCACGUUGAACACCAACACCAACACGACGGCAACGGAUAGUCUUCAGCGACAUGGGUCCUUGGCGGAUUCGUUGAACCGACAGGGUUCGCAGAUUGAGACCUUGAGCCGGGGAUCGUAUGCGUCCAUCUCGAACCUGCAGCCGACGGCGAGGUCUUCGGUCGACCCUUCGCUUCGAGUCCCCUUACGGAUCACCAACCCGGACAGCGAGGGCCGCGAUCUGGCCGAUCAGGAUGAUAGUCUGUCCGUCUCGACAACGACAGUAGGAGGUGUCUCGAUCAUGAACAAAGAAUCUAGGGAGCUGAAGGAUCUUAAGCAGCGGGAGCAGUGGCUUCUGGCGGAGGUGUCCAUGGCCCGCAAGAAGAUGGGCGAGCGACCGCUGAGCAUGGCGAUCCUCGCAUUGGAGGACGAACUGGAUGCUUGUGAGAUCGAUAGCGAAAAAUACCGGAUCAUGCAGGCCCUGUUGAACGUCAAGGCCGAACUCGAGCGGUCCAAGACCUCAAUUGCGACACAGGCCCAGAUCGCGUCGAAUAAGGUCCGAGAGGCGGAGCGGGUCCGGACCUCGGCACUCCAGGAGGCCGCGUACCUGAAGGCGAAGGUGAGCGCGCUCCAGUCCGGGGAAGUCUCGGCGUUGGUCGCGACCGAGACCGCGAGGGCUACGGAUCUGGAAAGACGGUUGGCGACGGCGCUGGCGCAGCUGGAACAAUACGAGGCGCAGUUUGUGCAGUACGAGACCAUCCUGGAUCACGAGAAGGAGUCCCGGGCCGCGGCUGAGGCGCGUGAACAGGAGGCCUCUUCGAGAGCGGAGGAGGCCCAGUUGGCUCAUACGCGAGCGCUGAAUGAGUUGACGACGUUGCAUGAGCGGGCGACGAUCGCGGAGGCAACCUUGAGAGAGAACGCAGCAAAGAGCGCGACGAGCGAGGCGGGCCUGUCGAGUUAUCAGCAGCAGUCCGCGGCGUUGUUCUCACAGAUAUCGACGCUGAAGACGACGGUGGAUCAUCAGAAGAAGUCGCUGGAGAAGGCAAAGAUGGCAUACGCGGUCGCGAACGAACGGGCUGAGCAUGCGGAUACGCUGUGGACACAAUCCCGGGAGGAGAUGGAUCAGGUCCAGCUGGAGAUAUCCCGGGUCAGGGCAGAUAUGGAUCGGGCCCAACGGGAGUCCGAGCAUUGGCGAGCCAAGGCUGGGGAGACAGAGUUGUUGUGGCAGAAGGCCAAGAAGGAGAACGAGGCGAUGCGGACGUUGUUGGAGGAGGAUAUGAAUGCGGCGUACAAUCCGGUCUCGAGGGAGCGUAAGCAUGACUCCAUCAUGGCGAUCACUUCUGCCUCGCGGGUUGCUGAGCUGGAGCAUGAGCUCACUUCGUUGAGGCAGCUGUUGAGGGAUUCGCAGGAUGCGGCGACGCAGGCGAACAGGGAUCUGGGUGAUACGAUGGUUCGUAUCUCACAGCUGGAACAGUCGUCGAUGACAGCGCGCGCGGAGAGCGCGACAGCUCAGAGGCAGCUAAAGGAAUCGCGUGAGCAGGUGGUGAUGUUGCAGGCACAGUUGAUCCAGAAAGAGGAAACGGUCGAGGAGAUGAUUCGCGAGCAGGAGAAUAACGAAGUCCAGCUCGGAUUGCUGCGCGGGGUCAUGAAGGAGCAUGGAGUGCUGGCGGAUGAUUUGAUCCUCGAGGCGUUGAACAAGAGCGUCGACGGCACGGCCUCGUCAUCGCCAUCUGCGGUGUCGCCGUUGAAGAUGAAGAUCCAGGAAGCCGAGAGACGUGCGACAGAUGCCGAGACUCAAUCGAAGGAGCUGGCCGAGGUCAAGAAGCACCAGGAAGAGCGGAUCCAGCAACUUGAGGCCGACUACCAAACAGCGGUGCAUUACGUGCAAAACACCGAGGCGACGCUCCAGCGCCUGCGUGACGAGGCAGUGGUUAACAAGAAACAGCUUGAGGACGCUCAUUCAUCUCAUCAUCAGUCCGCUGGUGGAUCGACCGAGGACCUCGAGGAGGAGGUCACAGAUCUUCACCGGCAGCUGCACGAUGCUCAAGAACGCGCGUUCGGACUCGAAUCCAAACUGGAUUCAUUGUCAAACCAACUCCAGUCGACCGAAUCUCGAGCGGAGGUAGCUCAGAUCGAGCUGCAGUCGCUCAAGACGAUGCAACAGGAGCACAAGAAGCGUGGGGUGACACAGUCGGAUCAGCUUCAGCCACGUGUGGAGCAGUUGGAGCAGACGCUCUCAGAGACACGAUACCGGUUAGACAAGACGCUCGAGGAUCUGGAGCAGGCGCAUGAGCUGAAUAAGGUGACGGGUCAGGAACUCGAGGACGCGCUGGACGCGCUCAAACGGUCCCGCCAGCCUUCAGCUCUCAGCGACCGAGACCGGGAGCGGGAUGGUAGGAGGACGAUGACACCGACUGGACAGACACAGAGACGACAGGAGGAGCUGGAGGCGACGAUCCAGGCGUUAAAGGAGACGAAUCAGGAGCUGGAGGAGCAAUUGAAGGCGUCGGAAAACAAGAUUUCGUUGCUGUUGGAUAACUUCCAGGGCGCAGAGUCGGUGAGGAACAGCGUUGUGAGUCUGAACGGGGCUCUGCAUGGACAUGGGCAGGGCGCGGAGGAGAGAAUGAGGGGAGGAUUGAUGUCGCCGUCGCGGAGAGGUUCCGAAGGACUGGGGAUGGGGAAGGCGGGGGGGUUGUCGAAUUCAGAAAAGUUGGAGGAGUAUGAGAAGCUGAUUGAGGAGAUGACAAAGGCACGGCGGCAGUACGAAGAGUGAGUUGUAGACGAGACGGGGUAUAGGUGGAUGCUGUUUUGAAUAGAGAUGGUGGUGGUGAUGAUAAUAAUAAUAAUGAUAGUAGUUGUCGUAGUGAUAAUGGGGUCGCCCUCUUGCCGUCAUCUGUGAAUGAAGGGAUGAAAGGAGAGGAAAGAGUACGGAGACGAUCGUUACAGAGGACUGAUUAACUUUACGGGUGUAGAUUAUUCUCUUUCACACCGCUUAUUUUUUUUCAUACACCGCUGCCAAACCAGCACGAUAAACAUGUUCCCUCAAUGACUGAGAAAACGUUAGCAGUGGACUAUUCGUGGUGUUAGAUG